UUGUGUUGAAAGAUAAAAUAGAAACCGAUCAUUUUCAUCAUCAUCUGAUUCAGAAAGCUGAAAAUGCGAUAAGUAAGAGAGAGAGAGAGAGAGUCUGCAGUAAUCGUUUGAUUCAGUGUUUGUUGAGGGAGGAAGCAAGCAUAAUCAUCCUUUUCCAUGGCGGCCAGAAGACAAUUGCAAGUUCUGUUCAGCAGAGCUUACAUCAGAGGAGGAACUCGAUACAGGAACUACGGAGCACUACCUGAAACUACCGCAUCUUCUUCUUCUCAACAACUCAUUAACUUGGAAUCUCAACAUAGCGCUCACAACUAUCAUCCUGUUCCUGUAGUAUUUUCUCACGCUAAGGGGUCUUCCAUAUGGGACCCUGAGGGUAAUAAAUAUCUCGAUUUUCUCUCAGCUUACUCUGCAGUUAAUCAGGGACACUGCCACCCCAAUAUUGUUAAAGCUUUAGUGGAACAGGCAGAAAAGCUGACUCUUAGCUCGAGAGCAUUCCACAAUGACAAAUUUCCAACACUUGCAGAAUAUCUAACUUCCUUGUUGGGAUACGAUAUGGUGCUUCCCAUGAACACUGGUGCUGAAGGUGUAGAAACAGCCCUCAAGUUAGCCAGGAAAUGGGGCUAUGAGAAGAAAGAGAUACCAAAAGAUCAGGCAAUUAUCGUCUCAUGUUGUGGUUGCUUCCAUGGUCGUACUCUGGGUGUUAUUUCUUUGAGCUGUGACAACGAUGCUACUCGUGGUUUUGGACCCUUGUUAACUGGCCACCUUAAAGUUGAUUUUGGAGAUGAACUUGCUCUGGAGAAGAUGUUUAAAGAGAAAGGAGAUCAGAUUGCUGGCUUUCUGUUUGAGCCAAUCCAAGGAGAAGCUGGUGUUAUCAUUCCUCCGGAUGGAUAUCUAAAAGCUGUUAGGAAACUUUGUUCAAAAUAUAACAUUUUGAUGAUUGCUGAUGAAAUACAAACUGGAUUGGCACGGACUGGAAGAAUGCUGGCUUGUGAUUGGGAGGAUGUUCGCCCUGAUGUUGUGAUACUUGGAAAAGCAUUAGGCGGUGGAGUUGUGCCUGUAAGUGCUGUCCUUGCAGAUAAAGACGUGAUGCUCUGCUUUAGACCUGGAGAGCAUGGAAGUACCUUUGGAGGUAAUCCCUUGGCCAGUGCCGUUGCCAUUGCCUCAUUGGAAGUCAUUAGAAAUGAGGGACUUUCUGAGAGAUCUGCUAAAUUGGGAGAAGAGCUUAGGCUCCAGCUAAGAAAAGUUCAAGAACAAUUCCCUGAUAUUAUAAAAGAAGUCAGGGGAAGAGGUCUCUUCAACGCUGUUGAGCUUAACAGUAAAGCGUUAUCUCCUGUGUCUGCAUAUGACCUAUGCAUUAAGCUAAAAGAUAGAGGAAUUCUCGCAAAACCGACUCAUAAUACCAUCAUUCGACUCACUCCUCCUCUCUGUAUGAGCUUGGAUGAGCUCCAAGAAGGCUCAAAGGCACUGCAUGAUGUUCUUGAAAUUGAUUUGCCGGAGAUGCGAAAGACGAAGCCCAAAACAGAAUCUCAUACAGCCUCCUGCAUUUGUGAUCGUUGUGGACGUAAUCUGUAUGAUUCUUCUUAGAAAUAUCUAUUUUCUACAGCAAACUCUUAUAAUCUUUUUAAAUAAUCAUGAACAUAGUUCAUGUUUAAGAUAAAAUUGUGAUCUUAAUCUGGUGUUUAAACAUAAUUUUAGACUAGAUUGGGAAAAAUAAUAAACUAUAUUAGAUUUUUGCUUCAAGAUAUUUCUCU